UGUCUCACUCAUAUUCCUAUUUAUAAGAAUCCCAUCCACCGCUCAUCUUCUCCUUCAAACUCAUUCUCCUUCUCCUUCUCAUUAGAUUCAUCUCUUGAUCAUGAAGCGCAACUGCAAUUUGGAGCUUCGCCUCGUCACGCCUUCCAUGUUGGAUUUGAACGACGAGAGUUCGAACAAAAAGCAGCAGCUGUCAAUUUUCUACAAUGGGAAAAUGGCUUGUUGUGAUGCAACGGAGCUUCAGGUGAGAGCGAUUAUAUCGCUGGCGAGCCGGGAAGCGGAGGAGAAAUCGAGCAAGAAUUUGGCGGCGAUGAAUUCGCCGGUGUAUAGUGCGGCGACCGGGCUGUCGAUGAAGAGGUCGCUGAAGAGAUUUCUGGAGAAGAGAAAGAGUAGGGCUCAAACGAUAUCGCCAUACUCGAUUGCCAGACAAUAGAGGUUUUAGUUGGUUGAUUAAUGAUUUGAGUGUUAAUUAGAUUAUGAGUUGGUUUAUUAUUAUUAGAUGCAUAUUAAGGGACUUAAUGUUGUAUUGGGUUUGAGAUGUUUAGCAAUGUUUGAUGAAACAUGUGGAGUACAAUUAAUUAAUGCAAAUUAGUUUAAAAUA